AAUGUAAAAUGACUUAUGCUUUGCAGGUUUUUAGAUACAGUCAAACCUGCACUAGCCGCUGUUCAUACACAGCAUGGACAAUACUGUGUAUCGAUGCAUACCUAUGUACAUGUAACAUCUGUUGGGAAAUAAUGAGUUCCUGUCAACCAGGAAGGUUUGGAGACUCCUGUAACUACUCCUGUCACUGCGGGACAUCAUGUGACGACACUACAGGUGCCUGUCCUGGUUCUUGUGAUCAGGGGUGGACAAAGGAAGGAGGUCUUUGCCAGACAAGAAACAUUGCACUGAGCAAGACAACAUCAACAACACCUGAAGCGUACGUAGGGUGGCCCGCAUCAAAUGCUGUGGAUGGAGACAGUGACACUGGUGGUGAGGGAAGAACCUGUUUCCACGCUGGUGGAUCUCCGUCAGACUGGACAGUGGAUCUUGGCCGGGACUUCCAGCUGUAUGACAUCAGGAUCUACAGCAGACGCAAUUUCUACUAUAGAACGCCGAUUCUAACAUCUACCUGAACAACGACGCCUCCGCCAUCUGCUCCACCCUCCCGAGGCCAUCAGAUACUCCCAACCAACUGACGCGACGUGUAGAUACCGGCAGAUACGUCACCAUUAGGAGCCAGGGGCUGGAGGAAGUGAUGGCUAUGCUAGUGCACUGAGCAUCUGUGAGGUGGAAAUCUAUGGUAAUCAUGUAUUGUAUUAAGUAUGUGUAUUUGUGUGCUUGUGACAUGCAUGUGUUUGACUAUCCAUUUACAGCGAAUGUACGGAGUCAUUUAAGUUCCAUUCAGGGUCCCUGAUCCAUAAAUCAUUUGUAACCUGUCGUAAGGUUCAUCAUAUGCUAAGAAGGCUUUGUGGAUCAGGACCCUGAUCUUUAAUCUCAAUAUUUGAGCAGCUUUAUCAAACACAUUGUGAAAGCGUUGCAGUGUUGAUUGGAUGUAUUCAUUUAUGUAUAAGUGGGUAUUUGAAGCUCGGUCUUUUAUAGUCGACAAUGCACUCAUACCUAACAAGAUGCAAUAAAUAUUGGACACGAUGGCACACUCAACGUCUGUGAGGUGGAGAUCUAUGGUAAGUCAUUUAUUCUAUUUACAAGAAAUUGUCCAUUCGGGUCCUGGUAAUACAAAUGUGUUCUAAUGUCCUUCAACUCCAAAGACCUUGUUUGUAAGUUCCUUUACAGAAUAAAUUCUGAGCAUUUGUAAAAUUAUCAACGAUAUCUUGGAGUGUGUUGACAGGACGUUUUCAUUUAUAUCAAACUGGAUAAUUUAUAAUGGUUAUUUCUCUUUGUUGUGUUCCACUUGUAUGCAUGUUUCAUAACUUCUAUUAUUAAUUUCCCGCUGCCGAUGUGACUAUUUUAAUAACAAUAAACUUAUAUUAC